AUGGCAACAACUGGCUUUCUGUUCUCCACAGCCAUUGUUUUCAUUUCUUUAUCUGUCAUCUCCCUACUUCCUUCUGCAAUUUCUGCAGUUUUUUCGGAUGAUUACAAAAACUCAUCGGUCCCCAAAACUGAUCUGGAUUUGUUGGAGUUCCCUUUGAAUCUUGAGUAUUUAGAAGCUGAGUUCUUCUUGUUUGGUGCUUUGGGUCAAGGCUUGGAUAAAGUUGCUCCACAUUUAGCUGAGGGCGGUCCAUCUCCCAUUGGUGCCCAAAAGGCCAAUCUUGACACUCUCACCAAUGCUAUUAUCCUACAAUUUGCUUACCAAGAAGUUGGUCACUUGAAGGUGAUUAAGAAGAUAGUGAAAGGGUUUCCAAGGCCACAACUUGAUUUGAGUGCUUCAUUAUUUGCAAAAGUGAUAGAUAAAGCAUUUGGGAAGCCAUUGAAUCCUCCUUUUGACCCUUAUGCCAAUAGCAUUAACUUCUUCAUUGUUUCCUAUUUGAUUCCUUAUGUUGGACUCACCGGAUAUGUUGGUGCUAACCCUAAACUCCAAAGUGCCAUUUCAAAAAGGCUGGUUGCGGGUCUCCUAGGAGUAGAAUCAGGCCUUGUGUGCCAUUUGAAGAAAGCGUUCUCCUCGCAUGUGAAGCUCAACAAGGAUAACUAUAGUGAUAUCUCUGCUAGGGUAAGGCUUAAAAAGAGAGAACUGGAACAAAUUCAGAUUUCAACUCUUAAUGGAAACAAUUAUUUAGUUAAAGAAUUGAAUGUUCAAAAGGAGUUGAAUGACUUAGAGGAAACUGAGUACAUGUUCCUUAAACAAAAAUCGAAAGCCCAAUGGAUCAAAGAUGGAGAUAAUUGCACCAAACUUUUUCAUUCUACCUUAGCCUCUAAAAUUAAAAGAGACACCAUAAGGAUUCUUGUUAACAAUGAGGGUAAAAGGUUAGAGACGUGA